GACAAUUCUCAUCAUCGUUUAUUUCCAUUCUCGACCGAGAGAAACGAGAGAAACAGAGCACGCGCGGAGCUUUCGACCCAAAAUUUCAAAGCUCAAAUUCUUGAGCUACAGUGAUCCAAAAAUCCCGUAAGUAAUGCCUAAUUCAUCCAUUCAUCGUGAUUUAUCGAUUUAGAGCUUUAAAACGAUUUUUUGGUUCAGGAAUUUCUUGAAUUCCCGAUCUGCCAAAUUAGGGUUUCGGAGUAUCCGGAAGCCGGAUUGAGCCCAAAUUUCAUAUACGAGCUUCCUGCAGCGAGGUAAUCAAUCCUCUAGUUCUAAUCCCUGAAUUUCGGCUAUUAUUUAGGCCGGGGUCCAAACCGCUGAAUUUAGCUCCGGCCAGGGUUUGAUGUGUUUUUAUCAAGAAUUUGACCCGGAGCCUAGAACUAAUAUUGACGGGGAUACUGCAGGGGAUAUUAGGACGGUCUCGGAUUUUAAUUCGGGGUUCGUUCGUGAAAUUGACAUUUUAGUACGGGAAGCUAAAACCAGUGUUUGAACGACCAGAACUGGUGAGGGAUUAGCACGGCAUACCGGGUUUGCGUAUCACGAUAAUUAUAUUGAUGCUUAGAAUUGACCUAGGUGAACUAGAAUGGCAUGAUUAGGGGUGUAUAAGAUUUUGUGCUAUAUGAUGAACCUUGGACUGCUACUUGAUAUUAUGGACUUGCCCUAAUCGAUAUGAACCUUGUUUAUGUGGAUGAUUGCAUACAUGUUGCCAUUUGUGGCUUAACUGUUGAUAUGACUUCAUGGUUGUUCGAUAAGGGGUUUUGACAUGGUGUGAUAUUAUGGUUGUAUUUGGAUCCAUAAGUGGUGGAAUAAACUUCCCAAGGUGAUAUUAUGAUUUUUAAGGAGGAUGACUUGCACGAGGGUUUAUCCCGAGGAAAUGCAAUUAUACGACUCCUGAUUUACCUAUGUUGAGCCAAUUGUGGCCAGGUCAAGUACAUGUGCAAGUAAUGAAUUAUGAUUAAGCAAGAUGAGAUAUGAAUCAUGUAUAAGGAUACCAAAUAUGAGUGUUGUGGUCUCACGGUCAACUACAUAGUAAUUAGGGCUCCCUAUGCUAUUACUCUAUUAUGAUAUGUAUGAUAGUCACACCUCUCAUUUGGUGGUGACUGAAGAAUUCUUACGAGAUAUGACCACACCCAGAGCGGUGUCGGGGUAUGACUACACCCAUAGUGGUGUGGGGUAUGAUUGACCACAUCCGACGGGAUGCUGGGGUAUGUAUGACUACAUCCGACGGGAUGUGGGGUAUGUUUCCCGGGAGAGUUAUUAGCAUGGGAGUAGCCAGGCGCCUAUAAGUAAAACAUGAUAAGAUGCAUAUGCAUAAGUCAAGGUGGUUGAGUCUUUAGCCUAUUGGGAUGUCGGAGGGCUGAGAUCUGAUCCUAGUGCUUUGGCUUGUUUGCUAGAUGUAUGGUAGUGGUAUGCUAUGUUAUGAACUCACGAUGCUAUGAUUAUCUCACUCAGCUAUGAGCUGACCCUCUUUUAUUCUUCUUCUCUGCUUAUGCUAUGUGUAAGCAGAUCAUCAGCAGCAGCAGUAGAUAAGUGUUAGGGGAGAGGAGCUAGAGUUGAAGCCAAGAUGAGGUAUGGUCUUCAACUAUUCUGUGCUUGGACGACUACUUGGGAUUUUGGCCAGUGAUCCACACCUUUUUGUAAAAAUGUUUUGAGAACAUUUUCAUGUGCAUACUAGCUUCGAAUGUAGUGUGAGAUAUCCACAGGUGUGGAAAGUUGAUGAUAUGUGUAUAUUUUUGUAAUUGUGUAAGUUAUGACGAUUAUGGCUUGUAUUAGUAUGGUAUGCAGUUGUGUAGUAUGAAACUGUGACUAUGGCUAUGAAAAGCCAAUGCAUAUGGUUGUGAGUAUAUAUGUUGUAAUGAAUUAUUUUGCAGGAUAAGUUGCAAGAACUGUUAGCCCAUUACGCGAGUAAUUCAUGUCGAAAUUUUAUUUGGGUAAAUUUUGAUAAUUAAUGUAACGCCCGAGAUUAAUUCCGCUGCAAUUGUAUGAACAAUAUGAUUAGGCAAAACGUAUAGGGUAGGGUGUUACAUCCUCCCACGUGCUUCUCAACUUUGUGAAGAAGGUCGAAACACUAUCCUUUUCUUGCCGCAACUGGCUCAACCCUUGUCGCAGUUCGUACGCCCUAGGCGCUGAUCCCUUGCCAAAACGCAAUUCCAAAUCUACCCAGAUCUCCCUCGCAGUCCUAGCAUAUGGAAUAGAAUUACGUACAUCCUUUUCCAUGCUAGUCUAUAACCACCCCUUCACUAGGGCAUCGCAUUGAAGCCAAGCUCCUAACAGUUCUUCUCCUUGCGGCUUAGCGAUGGUUCCAUCUACAUUCCCAUCUUAUUUUUUGCAAUGAGAGCCUCUGUCAUAUCCGUUACCCAUUCCCCAUAGUUGGAAUCAUUGAGUAACUCACCAACGAAUAGAUGACCAAGGUUGUUAGAGGACAAUAGUCCCAGCACUGUGGGUAUGAUCGAAGUCGGCUGACCACCGCUUCCGCCGCUACUGUUAAUCAAGACUUCUUCAGUCCCAUUGCCAGUUCCGCCGAUACUCAUCGCAAACAAUCCUCAAGAACGAACGUGCUCUGAUACCAUGAAAUAUUUGAAGACUGAAUAAACAAGAAACACACCGAUUUAACGUGGUAUCCUUGUUCUUCUUGAACGAGACUAAUCCACGGAGAAGACGACCCUUCUCAGCUCCUCUUAUUCAUCGGUCUCACAAAACUAGAGCCGCAUACAGCAAGAACAACAAUAUAUAUGGAACCCUAUUUCACACUCGGCUAGGGUUACCACACGUAGGGAACAUAAAGCCAUAAGAGGAAAAGACUAAUAUGUCCCUACUAAAACACAUGACCUACUGACCUACUCCUUUAUUGUCUAUCACAACUUGCACCAUAUGUUCAUCACCUAACUCCUCAAUUGUUUUGUCAACUAGGUUGAAAAUGACUUCACUUGUGUGUGACAUAUAUGAUGUGUCCUUUGACUUGAUGAAGCUUGUUCCCUCAGCACAAUGUGUGACCAUGUUCAUUAUGCUUCUUCUCUUUGUGUCUGUCCAUGCAUCAGUCAUAUUAGAGCAACCGUUUCUCAUUAUCAAGAUCCCUGAGCAAGCUUUUUGUUAUUUUAUAUUCUAAUUUCAUCAAAGGCUCUCGAAGAUCAUACUGAGUAGGAGGCACAAAUCCUGGGCUAAACUGACCAAUAGCCUCACACAUUUGCUUGAACUCAUCAUUAAUAAUUGCAUUGAACGGUAUAGUUGUAAAAUAAAAGCACAAGUUGAAAUAUUAAUUAAUUUUGUAGGUUGCAAACAAAACUUCAUAGAAAAAUAGAUACAAAAGUGCAUAUUGCUUACCAUGUGUAUACACCCAUCUUGCAACAUAUUGCUGAACUUGAAGUGAUUGCUUGAAGCGAUUGAAGUGUUGCACCUGAAGACAACUUAGGAUCAAUAGAAUGUGCCCACUUAUCCAUAGGUCCUAACUUGUGAGGUUCUGAACUACCAACACAAGUCAUUUCUUCAUCCUGUUGACUAGAGGAAACGAUUACAUCAUCUCUUACUUUCUCCUUGUUAUUGGGAUCCACCAAUCUUUCAAAUUCCUAACCUAUAUCACCAGACUUCCUCUUAAAAGCAUUGAUAUUCUCUUCAUUUGUCACGAUAAAUCUAGUAUAGAAAACAAAUUAAUAAACAAUUAGGAAAUUGAUUAUAAAGAAAUGUCAAGCAUACUAAAUAUAUAGGAAUCGCCUAGUAUUACUAUAUUAGUUAUGGUUCAAACAUAACUUAUUCUAGUCUUAAUUCAAAUUUCAAAGAGUGGCACGCAUUAGACAAGUCUUCAUGGCUCCUAAUGAAACAUAAACAAUUCUUCAUGGCUGCUAAUAAUAAACAGAAAACCAAGUAGAAUAGCACAAAAGAAGACAAAAAUAAUAAACAUAUAACCAAGCAGAAUAGUAGGUAACGCCAACUUCUCCAUCAAAACACUAUAAAACAUAAACAAUUCUUCAUGGCUUCUAAUUCCAAGUUGUUUUCGAGCGAGGACUUACAAAGUUGAGGAGCAAGCAGGAAGCAUGAAGCAAAGAGAGGCAGAAAACCAUAAAAAAGAGAGGCAGAAGACUUACAGAGUAGAGCAGCGAGAUUCGGAGUUGGUCGAUAGCGGUUGAGCGCCGGGGGGCUGCUCGUAGUUGUCGUCGAGCAAAGACUUAGCUGUUCCCAGUUAAUGGCUAGCUGCUCCCUUUAGAAGUUAAGUGACUUAUCUAUAAUUAACCCUUAGGGUUAGAAAGUCGGGCAGUAUAUAAUGUUGAGAGGGCCGACCUGCUCUUGUAACUUGUACCGAAAAUAAUAAACAAAAAACUCUGCAUUGUGCCGAAAACCAUGUAAAUCCGGUGUUCGAACUUUUUGAUUGCUUUUGCGUUUAUUGACAUGGUAUGAGAGCCUCUCAAUCUCUGAGUUCGUGUUCGUGAUUGUGUGUGUGUGUCUAUGUGUGUGUGUGUGUGCUGUGGUGCGCUCAUGUCUUUGUGUGAGUUCGGGUUUUUUGGGGCCGUUCAUCAUUGUUGGGCGCACUUCUGGGUCUUUAUUUGCUUCUCGUUGGGACCAGUUCUGGUUCUUUGUUUGCUUCUCAUUGGGACUCUCUUGCUCUCGUCUAGUUUUGGCUAUUGUCCCUGGUUACUUUUGGUUGUUCUCGUUUGGUUUUUGGUUGUUGUACCAGGUUAUUUUGGAAGGUCAGAAGGGCGACGUGAUCUCGUUGGUAAGAACUUUGCCCUCUGGGAGUUUCAGUUCAGAAUUUAUAUUCAAGGACGCCGAUUACUGUCUAUUCUUGAUGGGUCCUCUACUGCACCUGCCGAGGAUGCUUCGUCAAAAGCUAAGGAAGAUUUGGCAGCAAAUAAUGCCAUUGUUAUGCCAGCUCUUCUUGGUUCCAUGGAUCCAUGCAUUUCUUUGAGCUUGCGUGGGUUCUCUACUGCCUCGGCUAUGUGGCAGCAUCUCACUACUUUGUAUUCCAAAGCCAAUGCCUUGAGGAAGUUUGAUGUGGAACUCGACCUUGCCAAUCUGAAGCAAGGUGAUCGGGAUGUGAGUUCAUACUAUUAGAAGGCCAUGACUCUCUGGAUAGAACACGAUCUGUUGAUGAGUUCGUUGGUGUUUGCUGCUGCCUCCGCCGAUGUGAUCCGUGAGCGUACUAGUUCUCAUAUUAUGCGCUUCCUGAUGAAUCUUCGGGCUGAGUUUGAAAGUGUUCAUGCCUCUCUACUUCAUCUCAAUAUGGAUACAAUGGAGGAGGUUCUCGCAACGCUUCUUCGCGAGGAUACACGACUCCGCAGUCAGUCCAAGCUCAACGUUCACGCUAGUGAUAAUGCUACGACUUUCGCGGUUCAAGGCGGCCAACCUCAGUUUCAUCGUACUGCCAAAGGAGAGAUCAUAUGUCACUAUUGCAAGGAGCCUGGACACAUUCAAUUCCAUUGCAAGAAGCGCAAUUCUUGUAACUACUGUAAGCAGGAUGGUCACUUGAUCGGGGAGUGUCCUACCCUUGCUCGUCGAGGGCAGGGUCGUGGAAAUAGCUCGCGUGGGGGGCCUCAACUGGUUGAGACAACGUAUGCGAUGGAGGCAGCCUCUCCAUCAUUGCCAUCUCUCAUACCUGAUGACGUCUGCCGCAUGGUCCAGGAGGCUUUAAAGGAGUCCCUACCCUCUACUCUCACGUCGGCAUUUGCUACGGGUAAUAUAUUUUCUUCUCCUGCUUGGCACAUUGACUCGGCUGCCUAUAAGCACAUGACUAAUUCCAGGACUUCGUUUGCACCUCUUAAUCAUUCGGUUCCUCAUUUAGCACUUCAGGUUGCAAGUGGUUCUACGAUGACAGUUUGUGGUGUAGGGUGUGUGGUUCACCCGAAUAUAUCUAUUCCUGAUACGUUAUAUGUGCCCAAACUCUUUCCCAGUUUAGUCUCGGUGGUUCAGCUUACUGAUGAUGGUUUUUGGGUCAUUUUUUAUGCCGAUGGGUGUACUGUGCAGGACACGAGGACGGGGAAGGAAAUCGGGAGAGUGAGUAAGAAUGGCAUGACUUUCAUGCUCGAUCACUACUGAAACGACCCAAUCCUUUUUGAAAACCAAACCAUAACUCAAACCACAAACCGGUUACUUCGGAGCAACCCAAACAACUUUUUAAAAUAAAUAAAUCGACAAUGUUUAAGAAUUUCAAACAAAAAGACUGAACACUUGGGCAAAUGACAAUCCCAAUACUUAAGAUGAAAGAACUCAGAAUAUUCAGUUUACACUCCUAAUCAUGUAACAAAGAAAUUAAACUAUUCUAGCUCUGACACUUCACGAGUUCCUUAACUUCUCAUCAAUGUCGGUGCAACUAUUCGCCUUGCCUUGCCUCUGCUCGAUAUCCGCCUCUGCUAACCCUUCCUCGAGCUGGUGAGUGAGAAGGAGUCAGUCUCGUCAUUACUUCCUAAGGUCUUUGCUCUAAGCAAACUUUCUACUAUCACGUUAUUAGAGUUUCCUUCCUAGCACGAAAGCCAUUCUCGCUUUCUGCUCAUAAAUAAUCAUCCUUACA